GUUUACUUCGAUCAUCCAUAUCAGCUGGGAUCAUCAGCGAUGCGUGUCUUGCUUCUGAGAUGAUGACGCCUGAGUACCUUGGUUACCGACCACAAACAGCGCCUUCCCUAAUUCUGUUAGAAACACACCACUGCAAUCGAGGCGGGCGAUGCAUGAGGCGAGAGUGGCAGAAGCGAAGCAAACGCAGGGAGACUGAUGUGACCGAAGGGAAAGGGUACCUGACAGAUAUCUCCAUGACGGAAGGUUGAUCUCCGUUGGUCC